UACAAAAUACCCAGUCCAGCGCUUCUCGCCCUACCCACCCACACCUCCCAACGGCACCAUGCCGAUCAAGGACAAGGUCAAGGCAGCAGCGUACAAGAAGGAGUUCAACAAGAAAUGGUACGAGAAGAACAAGGAGAAGCGCAUGGCGCAGAUCAAGGAGCGCAAGCAGAAGAACAAGGAGCGGGAGCUCGCGUACUCGCGCAAGAACUACGAGCUGCACCACGACAAGAUCCUCGAGCGGAAGAAGGAGUAUCGGGAGCGCAACAAGGACACGUUGGCGGCCAAGCUGAAGAUCUACCGAAAUCGGCCUGAGGCGAAGGAGGCCAGAAGGGCGAAGGACAAGGAGUACAGACUGCGUCAGAAGGCAGCGAAAGCAGCUGCCGGCGACGGGAAGGGUGACGCAGUUCCAACGAAAACUCGACCGACUGCAACCAAGAAGUCCAAGCCCGCGGUGGACCCCCGACAAGAUGUUGCCAUGAGUCUCGUGGCAUUGCAUGACUUGCCCACGUCGAGCGACGUUAAACAAGCACAUGGCGUGGAAUUUGUAGUGAUCUAAGUACUUUUAACACUGAUUCUUUGACAGUGAGCGAAAGGUCGCCAGGUGGUCGGUCUUACAUGGUUCAGACCCCUGCGAUUGAUUCCUCCACAACUCCAU